AUGGAUUUUACGGCCAAACAUGGACUGGUGCUGCUCGACCAGCUGAGGAAGAUGAGGGAGGGUGAGCAUCUGACAGAUGUGGUGCUGGUUGCUGAGGGCAUCAGCUUUCCAUGUCAUCGGGUCGUUCUGUCUGCCUUCAGCCCAUACUUCCGUGUAAUGUUCACAUGCGGCUUGCGCGAGUGCAACAAUAGAGAAAUAUUCCUGCAUGACACCCCUGCAGACAGUCUGGCCCUCCUCUUGAACUACAUGUACUGCUCCGAUCUUCCUCUCACCAACGCCAAUGUACAAGGCAUCUCUAUUGCAGCUUUUCUCCUGCAGAUGGAUGACGUCUUCACUCGCUGCCAGCAGCACAUGACCGAGAACAUGGACGCCUCCAACUGCCUUGGUGUGUAUUACUUUGCCCGUGACCUUGGUGCAGAAGAACUGGCAGAUCAUGCUCAUCGCUUCCUGCGUCAGCACUUUGUCCAAGUCUGCCAAAAUGAGGAGGUCCUGGAGCUGGAGGCCCAUCAGCUGGGAAAGCUCCUGACUUCUGAUGACCUCAAUGUUUCACAAGAAGAGACCAUCCUGGAUGUUGUCCUACGCUGGGUCAAAGACAGCACUCUGGUGGAUGGAGAGGUCCGUAUUCUGCACCUUCCAGAGCUCCUGAGGAAGGUCCGUCUACCACUGAUAAAUGCUGAGUAUUUAAGAGAGGCAAUGAAGAGAAACACGGCUCUCCUGGCAGAUGCUGAAUGUCUCGAGAUUCUCAAUCAAGCCCUGGAGGUCACAGCGAUGCAUCCCUCAGCUGCACCACGCAAACUAAAGCUGCGGUACGGCAUGGAGACCACAGAUCUGCUGCUCUGUGUUGGAAAUGACGGUGACGGGAUCAGGUCAAGAUAUGGCAACUUUACUGAGCGCAGCUUUUGCUAUGCCCCAUCUACAGGCCGAAUCUACUACGUUACUUCACCUCGCUAUGCCGAGGCUCUGGGUUACGUGUGUGCCGGGGUUGUAACUGAAAGAAAUGACAUUAUAGUGGCAGGAGAGGUAGGUGCACGAAGAAUGGCCCGACAGAAGGACAUGCACGUUGAGAUUUACAGGUACAAAGUAGAGGCCCAAGGAAGCUGGGAGUGCCUGACGUCAGCUGAGUACCGCGAUUCAUACGCUCUGGGAUCACUGGGUGACACUCUGUACCUGCUGGGUGGGCAGAUGAAGCUGAAGAACCAGUUUCUCAUCACUAACUGUGUGGAGCGAUGGUCUCUGCAAGGAGGACCCUGGCGCAGUGCAGCACCCCUGCCUAUCCCUUUAGCCUAUCACAGCGUGGUCAGGAUGAAAGAUCGUCUUUAUGUGAUGGGUGGUCGCACCCCACAGUCAUAUCGGACAGACGAUGAGCCCGACCGACUUAGUAACCGCCUCCUGGAGUACGAUCCAAACACAAACAAGUGGACAGGGCUAGGUCCCAUGAAGUACUCAAAGUACCGCAGCAGUGUUGUUGUACUCAAUGGCGAAAUUUUUGUGAUGGGGGGUAUCGGAUGCGAGGGUGUGGAUCGUGGACAAUCCCGCCGCUGCCUCGAUGCCGUAGAGAUCUACAACCCAGAUGAAGAUUGUUGGAGGGAUGGACCUCCUCUCCCAUCUGCACAACUCUCACUGCGCACCAAUGCCUCAAACGCAGGAGUGGUGGGAGGCAAAAUCUAUGUAUGUGGAUACUACAAAGGAGCAGAUCGUCAUGAUAAUAUAACAAAAGAUAUUCUGGAGCUGGACCCACAGGAGAACCGGUGGACUGUGAUGGCUCGGCAUGCUCUGAUGCAUGACAACUAUGACGUCUGUUUAGUGGCAAAUCUCAACCCAAGGGGACUCAUGUCCCCACCUGCAGACUUGGUUAACCAGUGA